AUGACUCUGACUCUGACUAUGACUCUGACUCUAACUACGACUCUGACUCUAACUAUAUGGUCUCCAGAACAAGAACGGCUCCUCGCCGACCUCCGAGCCUCCGAACUGGCCUCCAACAGACGCUACACGCUCGUCCUGACCGGGCUGCCGCUCGUCGUGGUCCUCCCGUUCGUGCAGUACUUGACCAUCUCGACCACGACGUCGAUGGCCAUGCUGUGUCUGUUGAGCAUCACGUCGCUCGUGGCCAGCGCCUAUGUCAUGUAUUGCAUCCCCAUCGGCAGUUCAGACUCAGACUCAAAAUCGGACUCAAACUCAGACCCAGAUGCGGGUGCGGGCGCGGGCGGUACAGACAGAUCCCCGUCUUCCAUCUUCGCCCCGACAGGAUCCCACCCCUACGGCCAAAGACAAAGACAAAGACAAGGCCGGCGCCGGCCACGACCACGGCUCCCGCUUCUCACCGUGUCAGACGCCCCGACCAGUCCUGUGACACAAUACCUGCCGACUCUCAAUGCCGCCAUCGGCGCACUCUUGUGUCUGGCCUCAAUGGCCUACCGUGCAAAGCCGCGGCCCGAUGUCCCCGAGGGCCUGUGGCUGUUUCUCCUGCUGCCUCCGCUGGUCUUUAGUAUGGUCUACGUGGCGAAGAGGAGCAUGCGUGACGUCCAGACCGGGUUGGGCGAGUUGCAGGGUUUGAGGUACGAGUAUAAGGGAGCAUGA